CAGCCAACCGCUUCCUGGAGGCACUGUAGACAACAACUCUCGAACAUCGGUAAUAGCAUAGCAAUGGAUGCCGCAUCGCCAAUCGUGCGAGGAGAGUUCCUCUUCCGCGAUGUGCUUCUGGUAGACUGCGGCGGCGACCUGAAACGUCACUCGAGGGCCACGGAGCAAGAGAUCAAGACUCUUUUGACCGGCAAGAAUGUCAAAGACCAAGUCGGGCAUUGGUGGGAGGCGCAACUGAUCCACUAUGGCUUACAACGCAGCAAACAAAAGGACACUGCUAAAGUCAGGCUCCAGCAAGCACUUCAACUGGGCAAACUGAAGUUCCAGCCGCCUCAUCUGGCUUCCAUGGAAGCCCAGAUGAAGAAGGAAUAUAUCGCUGCUGUGAGAAAGGCCAUGAAACCCAAACCAGAUGCUGGUAAAGGCGCGAAACGUGCCAGAGAGGAUGAGGCCAACUCGAGUGUGAAGAGGACAAAGAUAUCAGUGCGUGUAGGAGACGUACACGUCGAUAUUGAUCACAGCGACGCUGCAACCACCAAAAAGCAGAAGACCACCAAAAGUGCAGCCUCGAAGUCGGGAAAUAUUGAUCACAGCGAAGCUGCAACUACCAAAAAGCAAAAGGUCGCCAAGAGUGCAGCCUCGAAGCAGGUGGAUAUUGAUCACAGUGACGCUGCAUCUACCAAAAAGCAGAAGACAACCAAGAGUGCAGCCUCGAAACCGGGAAAAUCUUCGACCCCUAUAGAUUCACCGGUGCCGAAAGGACGAGGAGUUGCGGCGAAGCCAAAGACUGCCAGAAAGCAAGCAGACGAUGUGCCAUUCUCGCCCGAGAAUGUAUUUCAAGAUUCUGCGUCUAAGCCCAAGGCAUCGACAUCAAUCAAGCCAAAACCAGGAAUCAAAAAAGAACCGCGGCCUAAGCAGGAACCAGCUGCAGUCGAGUCAUCGCCUCCUGUCAAGCACGAGGGCUACCUCUUCGAUGCAGACGCAAUGGACACCAGAGCCGACAUUGCGCAAGAGAAAUUGACAAUAACUGGAGUAUACGCCCUCCAUUGCCCUCAGAUAACAGAACAGCUGGAAGAACACAGCGACGACCUCCGUCUCUUCAUGUGCGUCGACCAGGAGACUGGAGUCACCUGGGGAGGCUUUCAACUUGCGAUGAAGUCGGGUGUGAUCAGAUUGGAUGACAUUGACAUUAACCAGAGGUUGACUUUCGGAUGGCGCGCACGGGAUACCUGGAGGCGUGAUCUGCGCUUUGGACAGAAGUGCUUUGGAGAGAUUGAGUUCGAUGGUGCUGGUGGUGUAAGGGGAACUUUCUACAACAUGUUUGCGAAGAUGGAGGGUGUCGGCGAAGAAGCAUGCGAAUUUGAGGGACAUCGGCGAACUGGGCCACUGUGGUCUGGCAGACCUGCUCAUAGCUACAAGCAAGAGUGGGACAAUUUCCCCAAGAUAGCUUACGGUCGAUGAGACGAUUUCAUGUUUCUGGGCAUAGUUCGAAUUGGAUGGAGGGGAGUGGCAAGUUGGAUUACCUGGGGAAUCGAUGUUGGUACAACGACGGGAGAAUCGUGGGGAAUGCUCCGGACAUCCCUGAUCGGACCUUAAUGUGGCUUAUAGCCUUAUACGAGGUCUCAGGCCUAGGUACCU